AUGACUGAUUCUGCUAAGGAUAGUCUAGAUGUGAACACCAAGCCUAGUGAUACUACAUCCGUGAAGCGCAAACCGCCGAAACUAAGACGCAAACCGCCGGCUGCUGAGGAGUCACCUACUGAGAAGAAAGCUGCGCCAGUUGAAGAGCCGUCUGGUGCUGAGAAACUCCCGACUAAGGAGUCAGAUUCGGAUCAGAAGAAGCCUUCCAAGGAGUCCGGCACUGAGAAACCUGCGGAGGAACCCCGCCGUGGGGAACAACCUACUACCAGCGAUUCUAUCUCGGACGAAUCGCCCUCUCCCGAAAAGCCCGAAGAGUCACCUCCAGUUGAGAACUCCUCACCCGGUCAGGAACCACCGACCGAGGAGCCAUCAUCCCCCGAAGAACAGCCCCCCUCUCCGGAACCAGCUGCAGACGAGACACCCUCGCCCAACGAAGAACCACCUCCAACAGAAGAGCCCCCGGAACAUUCCCACUCACCAACGCCAUCAAACCAACCCGACUCCCCCGCAAAACCCGACCCGAUGGCCGACGACGCCAAGUCCGCCUCCUCAAUGGACGAGCCCAGCGCGCCGGGCUCCCCGCAACCCGAACCCGAACCCCAACCCCAGCGCCAGCGCCAACAACGACGACAACGCCCAGUGGCCACCCCGCCCCGCGACCCCUCAACUGCAUCCAGCUACCGCCAACAACGCCGCCGCGGCCAGCGCAAUGCCGGAAACCAGGACCUGCUCCCGCUGGGCUCGCUGGGCGACACCGGCAACCUGACGCAGGGCGCGGGCGAGCUCGUCCAGAACACCGCGGGGAAGGCCGUCAGCUCGGUGGGCAACACGGCCGGGAAGGCGGUGGGUGGUUUGCUAGGGGGUGGUGGCCAGCAGCAACAGGUGCAGGGCCAGGGCCAGGAGAAAGGGGGUGGGGGUAAGGAGGAGCAGCUGCGGUUGCGGCUGGAUUUGAAUCUCGAUGUGGAGGUGCAGCUUAAGGCGAAGAUUCAUGGGGAUUUGACAUUGCAGCUUUUGUAA